AUGGAACUAGAGUUCCAAAUGGGUAGAAAAGGUCAUCUUCUCAAUAUAGAACCUGGAUUCCAAACAGGCACAGAAGAGGAUGUAACUUUGAUAAAUGACAGUAGAAAAGUGGAAAAAUAUAAUAUUCCUGAUUCUUAUAGAGAUAAAUCUGAAUUGGCACGAUCAAUUCAAGCUGAGAAAAGAGCGACAAAAAAGCGUAAAGGUAAACAAACUUCAUCCUUGAGUACAAUAAAAAACAAAAAAAUUUGCCCAAGAGAAACAGUAUGGAUAUUCUUGACUUUAUUAGAGAUAGAAGGAUCAGUCAUAGCGGACCUAAUCCAUAAGAGAGGUGCUGGUAGGAGGGUUAUCUGUUUAAGAAGGGGAAGCAAGGGAGUUUGGUUAACUUUAAAAGGUACAGUUGCUAAAAUUGUUAAGGAAAUGGUUACUUCUAAGGUUAUAGGUAUGGAGUUCCAAUCCAAAACCACAUUCUGA